AUGGCAGACAUCACGGGCUAUGUCUACAAACACCUCAGCAAGGACGAGCAGCAUACGGUUGAGGCACUGCGCAAGGGCACUGAGCUCCUUGACAAUACCCGCAUUGGCAUCCUUCCGCUCACUCUAAACGAAUACCUCCUAAUUUGCCCAUUAUUCAACCCCAUCGUGAUCAUUCGCAACGCCCGGCAAUAUUACCAACUCAAAAAGUUUGGCCACACGCACACACGAACCAAGCGCAAGAUAUUCCGCAACUUUUUGAAAACAGCUGCAGUUGGCUUCAUUCCUAUAUUCAAUGUGCUGUGGACGCGCAAGUUCAGAUGCAAUCAGCGCAAUAUGCGGCUGGUCGAGCGGUCAUUGCGCAAAGAGGAGUGCAGGUUCUUGUUUGGUACCACGAGUCCGCCUGAUGAUGUACCGUUGCCGAGGAAUGUGGAGAAACUGUUUGAUAGCUGUCCAAAGUACGAGCGCCCGGCGAGAUAUGGACCCAAUGCGACCAUGGAGCUCAAAGAGAGCAACUGGUUGACGCAUGUAGUAGAUGUUUGCGAGUCCAGGUCGUCUACAGAUGUGACACUGGCAGGAUCUGAACACGAAAUCAAGCCGGCAACCAAACCUACCAGAACGCCGCCUACUAACACGGCUGUAAGCGUGGAUAUUAGCAUGCCUAGGUCUAUUCAAUCUGAACUCGGCACAGGUGGAGAUAGCGUCUACGAGGAUGCCACCAGCGAGCUAUCCCGUAAUCCAUGGUCAGCACCAUCCGCGGGCGCUACACGCGUGGUCCGUGUAACUACAGUGGUAAGUGAAUGCACUGGCCGGCAGACACCCAGCGCAGCUAGCGUCACAGCUUCGCAGAUGCGCGAGGGUAUGCCAACCCCGCUGUUAGAAAUCACGCCGGAAAGCGACACAUCAGAUCACGAGCUGGGCCAAUGGCGCGAGCAGUCUGCCGAAAGCCUUCACAGAAAGGAUGUCCGGAUUUUAGAAAAGCGGGGUAUGCGAGUACCAUCGAGCACACCUACGCCUGCAGGCUGGACCAGCGCCCCAUUUGCAGUGGCGCAAUACUUUUACUCGUACUUGUGGCCACCAUCGUCACCUUAG